AUGAAACUGAAUUUCAUUCUUGGUGAUGUAGUAACUUGUUGUUAUUUCUUUUUUUUUUUUCUUUCUUUUUUUUCUUUCUUUUUUUUCUUUCUUUUUUUUCUUUCUUUUUUUUCUUUCUUUUUUUUCUUUCUUUUUUUUUUUUCUUUUUUUCUUUCUUUUUUUUUUUCUUUUUUUUUUCUUUCUUUUUUCUUUCUUUUUUUUCUUUCUUUUUUUUCUUUCUUUUUUAUUUCUUUUUUUUUUUUUCUUUUCCUUUUUUUUUCUUUUUUUUUUUCUUUCUUUUUUUUCUUUUUUAUUUUUUUCUUUAUUUUCUUUCUUUAUUUUCUUUCUUUAUUUUUUUUCUUUAUUUUCUUUCUUUAUUUUUUUCUUUAUUUUCUUUUCUUUUAUUUUCUUUUCUUUAUUUUCUUUCUUUAUUUUCUUUUUUAUUUUCUUUCUUUUAUUUUCUUUCUUUAUUUUCUUUUUCUUUUUAUUCUGCCUUUAGAAGAGUUUAAAACAUUCUUAACUCCAUCUGCCAGAAAACCUCUCUCCAGUGUCUCCUUUUCUCUCUCUCUCCAGUGUCUCAUUUUCUCUCUCUCUCCAGUGUCUCCUUUUCUCUCUCUCUCCAGUGUCUCCUUUUCUCUCUCUCUCCAGUGUCUCCUUUUUCUCUCUCUCUCCAGUGUCUCCUUUCCUCUCUCUCUCUCCAGUGUCUCCUUUUCUCUCUCUCUCUCCAGUGUCUCCUUUUUCUCUCUCUCUCCAGUGUCUCCUUUUCUCUCUCUCUCCAGUGUCUCCCUCUCUCUCUUCUCUCUCUCUCUCUCCAGUGUCUCCUUUUCUCUCUCUCUCUCCAGUGUCUCCUUUUUCUCUCUCUCUCCAGUGUCUCCUUUUCUCUCUCUCUCUCCAGUGUCUCCUUUUCUCUCUCUCUCUCCAGUGUCUCCUUUUCUCUCUCUCUCUCCAGUGUCUCCUUUUCUCUCUCUCUCUCCAGUGUCUCCUUUUCUCUCUCUCUCUCCAGUGUCUCCUUUUCUCUCUCUCUCUCCAGUGUCUCCUUUUCUCUCUCUCUCUCAGUGUCUCCUUUUUCUCUCUCUCUCCAGUGUCUCCUUUUCUCUCUCUCUCUCUCUCUCUCUACCCCCUCCCCUCAUUUUUUUCUUUCUAGCAUUUUCUCCUUCAUGUCCUCAGUUUCCUUCUCCUCACUUUUCUCAUUAUUACUAG